CUACGCACAUGGAAUUUGUCAAAAUGGAGCAAAGCACGCAGUCACAACCGACAAAAAGGAAGAGGGCCGGAGUCGCAAAAAACAGGAAGAAGGCUUGGAGAAAGCACUCAAAUAUUAAAGAUGUCGAAGAUUUUAUGGAUGAUCAACGGAUGCAACUUCGAACUGGUGGUCUGAUAUCAGAGAAACCAGAUGAAAGUUUGUUCUUUGUUGACAAUAAACAUCCUCCACAAGAUGAAGGCGAGUCUAAGAAGAAUCUUGAGAAGCCUCUUAAGAUCGAUAGGAAGUUGAUGCCAGACCCUAGGAUACCAGUGGCUAGAAUAUCAAGGACACCAAAGUCUUCAGAGAGACCGAAGCGCAAGAGUAAGCUCGUUCAAAGACUAGAAGAAGAGGGUAAAUGGGGGCCAUCAUCAACAGUCAAGAGAAGAAAACUGACAGCAGCUUUGAGAGACAGUGAUAAAGCAGAGAAAGACAAAGAUGAUGAUCAGAAGAGGAGAGAAUGUGGUAGAGCGGUAUAUGAUCUCUGGGGAGCUCCAGUGCCUGCUAAGACGAAGACAGAAGGAACACCGAAUGAACACUAUCUCAGGGUCACUAAGAAGACGAGGAAACAGGUACCAAAGACAUACUACAAUAAGACUUCAUGUUUCAAUGCAGUAGAAGUUGUGUCAGGAGGAGCAUCCUAUAACCCAACCUUUGAAGAUCAUCAGGAACUGAUCCAGAAGGCCAUUCAAGUGGAGCUGGAUAUGGACAAGAAAGAAGAGAAACUCAACAGAUGGCAUCGCUUUGCUAAAGUUAGCAGAGCAGAGAUGGAGAGAACUAGUAUGGCAGAAAUGACUGAAGGAUUGUUUGAAGAUGGACACAAUCCAGAAGAGGAAGCUAAAGAUGAUGGAGAUGAUGAUGUGUUGCCUAGUGCUCCUGUUGUUGCAGAGAGGAGGAAAACAAGAAAACAGAGAAACAAAGAGAAGCAAAUCAGUCAACAGACGAAGAAAGCCCAUGCAGAGAAAGCUGAAAAGAUUCGUCUGCAUGAGGUGUAUCGUCUGAGAUCAUUGAAGAGAGAAAUCAAGGAGAAAGAGGAGAAGAUAGCUACUAAGAUCAAGCAGAAGAAGGCUAAAGCACAGGAGGAUGAAGGCAAAACUAAGCGACUUGGACGCUACAAAUAUGAAGAGCUUCCUAUACCAGUAAAGCUUUCAGAGCAUCUUGUUGGGAACCUUAGACGACUCAAGCCUGAGGGAAGUCUGAUUGUGGAUCGAUUCAACAAUCUUCAGAAGAGAAACAUGAUAGAACCAAGGAUAUGGAAAAAAGGCAUGAAACCCAAGAUGAAGGAGUACGAGAAAAAGACUUUCAAGGAAAUCAAGUUAGCAGAAUGAACCAGCCCUAUUCUCUCAACUGCAGAGAACACAAUCUGUACUGAGUUUACCUCCAGCUUCACACCACCCAUACGAUUGUCAUCAUUGUCAUGUUUAAUAGGAUCAAUACUUUGCAGUUUGGUCUGUUCAUCUGUAGUGGACACUAAGAAGAUCCCAUCUCGAGAUCUUGAAACAAUUUCUGACCGAUAUAGUAUUAAUCCUUGUUCCUGGUACAGAUCACUUGAAUAUGGCAAUGCAACUUUUGUGAGGAGUUGAAUUGUGUCAAAGCAUAUAUUCUCUGCUUUACUUCGAAGCAACUUUAAUAUCAAGGAUACAUUUCACUGUAAACGAGCCAUCCUUCUAUAGAAUACAAAUUUCUCAAUGUCAGAGAAAUCAUGGUUAUGAUUUAUUUUUUAUUUUUUUAUUUUUUUUAUUUCAUGAAUAACAAGGUACUUGUUUUAUUUAGUAGAACCGGUAUGUUGUUCAAGGGUAAGUUUUAAGCAAUUAGAAACAUGAUGUUUUUACACUCUUAUAACCUCUACUGUGCAGUUUAGUGCAAUUCUCUACAAAAGGUUGGAUUUUAAUUGAGGUAAUUCUUGUAAGACUUUAUAUCAUGAUGAUGGACAUGCUUGUCAGUGUGUGAAUACUGCUUCUUGUGGUGUACACAACUAAACCAUGAAUAUCAUUCCUUGUCUCCCGAGAUGUCUUUGUAGAAGUUUUUUUUUUUAAAAGCUUUCUAAUUAUGAAGUAUUAAAAUGUCAAAUCAGCAGGGCCUCUGAUUUCAAACAUACUAUAAGUUGUUUUGAUAGCAUUAUCCUUUAUACCACUGCUGCAUUGAGUGAAAUGUGCCGAAUUCUGUAAUUAAGUGGGAAGACAAUGUAAGUACGACUUUUUUUUAAAUAGUGCCUAAAUAAUGCAAUAUUUAUGAUAAAAGAGAAGAAUCUAAAAACGAACCAAACAAGUUCAUUUAUAAUUAAAUCCUUUCUUCACUUUGUCUGACUGUCUGUGGAGAUUUUACAGUGCAGUAACACUGCCCUCUACAGAAUAGGCAUAGACAUUGUAUAUUUUCAUGUAUCUAAUAUAAGCAUAUGAUUUGGUUUUGAUACACUAUUCAUUUUUCUAAGGCUCAUUCUCAAGAUAUUGUAGGCUUAGCAUUUAAAAGGUUUUUUAAUAUUUUUUUUUUUUAUUCAUUUCAAUCUUCUUGUUGUCAUUUCAUGUAAUAUGUUGAUGUACAUGCAUCAUACAAGUCAGUUGGUUCAAUGGUUACUGCUUCUAGUUUCCAUGUGAUGAUUGUCCCUUCAGUAUUCUUUAUAUUUCAUGUUGUCUUUUAACUACCAAAUCUACUGAUUGGCACAGUUGAUAUUCAAGCAUUUAUUUCUUAAUUCUAUAGCGCCUUGUGAAUAAUAUUCCUAUAUGUGAUAAUUCGCUUCUUGGGCUAAGAUUCAAAUCUACCAUUUAUCAAAUUAUGCACCAGUAAUGUGUGAUAUUUAACCACAAUAUCAUAUAAAAUAAUUUGAAAUCAGAGAACAAUCUUCAACUUUCCAACACAAUAAAUGACAUGAGGACAAGAUAGUGGAGAAGAUUAUUUGAAGACCUGUGUAUAACUGUCCUAUCCUGUGUAUUAUUGUUGAGUAUAUCCUAUUCCUGUAGUGGUUCCCAUCUAAACUCCCGACUUGUGAGAAGAUAAAAACCAUUUAAGGACUGUGAAGUGAAGAUGCUGAUACACUGUAUUACCAGUAUAUAAGAUAAAGUCAUUGCUAAAUGUUCAUACAAGCCUAGGGGGCCUUGAAUCCAGUCAGGAGCUGGUACUAAACUGCUUUAGUACACAUGCCUCAUCUAUCCUUCAUUUAGUAUUUGACAUCUUAUUGUUUGUCAAUGUUAAUAAUGUAUGCAUGCAUUAUUAUUAAUGUGCAUGGUAUAAUACCCUUAUUAUACAAUUACCCUCAUUAUACAAUUGCGUAUCUGAGAAUUACUGUGUAUAGUAAACUUAUUAAACAAAAACACACAUUACAUUUA